UGGGUUUGUCUGCGGGGGCUUGAAAUCGGGCGGCAUCAAACUCACACGUCGAGCUGUUUCCUGGUGUUUUUAUGAAAGAUUUUGGCCUCUGUGAAUGCUACUAUGUAUCACAAAUAAGGUAUUUCAAAUGUAGGUGCUUAAUAUUUUCAGGGAUGUCGAAGGACAAUAGUUUUCUUCAACAGUUAAUCCUCAUUAUUAUUUCUAAUCACGUCGCGCAUGAGAACAUUGAGGACAGAAUUGUGAAUAUCAUUUGACCUGAUUUGACUCCUCUACAACGUUACAUUUGAAAGCUUUGACUGAUUAUACAAUGCUCCUGAAUGUAUUUGACCCGAGGAUGUUGUUUCACGUAAAAAGAAAGAUGUGUAAAGCUCUGAAGCUGAAUUAAUUUCGUAUGGAUUAUAAAAGCAACUAAUAAAAGACAAAUCGGGCCUUAUUCGACUUUGAUCUGCUCUGCUUUGCACUCAGAAAGUGAAAACGUUUAAUUCUUUGGCUCAAGUGAAAACUUGUAGUUGCCUGUUUUGAGGUUUUCUCUAGUGUCAUUACAAGUUGGUCCCCUCAUUGGGCAUAAAAUUUAUUGACUUAAAAUCAAGAGGAUUAUUAUUGUCAGAGAAUUGUUCAGGGCUUGAGGAGGGUGAAUUCUCACCACGCCUGAGUCAACUUAGUCUUGAAGUAGAUUUAUACUACAUUUCAUUUGCAUUUUAUUAUAUCAUUUGCAACAAUGCACAUGGGUACAGUUGACCUGGACAAAAUGACCUAAGGUUGAUAAGUCUGAACAAUGUGGUUUUUUUAUUACAUCCAUUUUGGAAUCAUUGGUGAUCCUUACAAUCUGAUUGGCUCUCAGCAGUGAAUGAAUUGCACUAUUAUGAAUGAAUUGCACUAUUUUUUGCUUUAUUGGUAAUUUAAUUAAUUUUAAUUGAUUAACUAGCUUUAUGGGAAUUUUUUGUUUUUGUUUUCUUUCAUGUGAGGUGAUGGAGAGACAGAUACUCAAAAGAUUUGAUUUUGUACCCAGGGUUCUUGUUUAUGUUAGGUACCUCAAGGGAGGGGGCUUAUUCUAAAUCAGGCACUUAUUAGGUACAGGGUACUUAUUGUUAUAGGGGUGCCUAUUGGAAUGAGGAUGCUUACUCAGUAGGGGUGCUUGUUAGAAUAAGGGUGCUUAAUGAGCGAAAAAAUGUGAGAAUGGUGCUUUUUAGAGAGGGGUUGCUUCUUAAGAGGAAGGCACUCAAUUGAAUCAUUAAUUUGUGUGGCAAAUUUUUUCAACUUUUGUCCUGAAAACUUCUUUUUUCUUUUUCCAGUUCUGCUGUUAUUUUUUUUUCACAAAGUGGCUCAAUACUAGAUUAACCCUUUAAAUGCUAAGAGUGACUAGCAUCUAAUUUCUCCCUACAAUAUCUCUUCUGAAUCACACAUUAAGGUCAUGAGAAUAAAGGAAAUGGUCACUAGGGAAGGAACCUUUGGAUAAGCAAGCAAAUUCUUCUUGUCAGGAAAUUAGGAAAUGCAAAAGAGUGGUGUGGAGAAUAUGCAUACUGAUGUUAGGGUCAAAGGGUAACAAUAAAUUGGGUGAUUGAAUUUUACAUUUUCAAAAUGGAUGUAUUGAUUUUGUGGUAGUUGAACUUUGUGUCAUGCAAUUGUGGUUUGAUAUUAUACUUGUGAUUUCAAAGCAAACUGAUACUACGUGUUCAUUCAAUUUUGAAAUUAAUAAUACAUAUGGAAAAAUUACUCAGUUUUGAUUGGUUAAGAUAAAUGCAGUUUUCAGGUAAUUCAGUGCAGAAGAGAGUUAAUUCAGUGCAGAAGAGGGUUAAUUCAGUGCGGGAGAGAGUUAAUUCAGUGCAGAAGAGGGUUAAUACAGUGCAGAAGAGGGUUAAUACAGUGCAGAAGAGGGUUAAUUCAGUGCAAAGAAAGUAACAAAUCAGACAUUCUGAUUGGUCAAUAAUCAAAGAAACUCACAGAUAGCCAAUCAAAUGCGAACCUUGGAUGUCAUAACAAAAUUUGAAAAUUUGAAAAUUUGCGAGCGAAACGAUGGCCAGUGUUUUAAGUAGGUUUUCUUUCACCACCACAGCUGAAAAGCAGCUUAAACAAUGAAAACACUGUAAAAAGCACCGCUUUUUGGUUGUUGAUUUGGAAAAAGUGGUGUUUAGAGAAGGGAAUUGCCAAGGAAAUCGAAAAUUUACAAGCCAACCCAGCUUAACACUUUGCUCAAGUGAUCCAAUGCUGAAAUUAAAAACAAACAUGGUUAAACCUCAGAAACGAUGAUUCCAUUUUAUCAAAAGUGAUUCAGACACAGACUAAACGAUUCCUUGAACUGUUUAGCCAGACUUUGAACUCUUUUGCACCUUAAAGAUGUGAAGAUAUCAUUGCAUAUUAUUGUUUUGAUGGUAUGCAGUUGUUUUGACCGAAUGCACGGUUUGAAUAAAUUAUUUUUGCACUUGAUGUGUGUGCUUUGCUUAUGCUUAAUUAUGAUCAGCCACCUCAUAUUUUUCCAUGUAUAUUUUUAACAAGUAAUCACCUGAUUUUUCUCGUGCAAUUUGGAAUAAACAAGCACUUGUGCUUAUUUAUUCCAAAUUGCACUUGAAAUCAUGUGAUUACCUACACAAAGCAGAUGAUUUUAGCCAAAAUUGCACUGGUCUCAGCUCAAUUACCAUCAUAUAUAUAGAUAAAUUUCUAUUACUUACAGGAAGGCAGUGUUGAACUAUUCCAAUCAUGUCAAGUAGAAAUGAAUCUGUGAUACAUUCCCUGGCUUACACUGGAUGUUUCAAGACGUUCAGUACUACUUCAUGUGUAAGGUACUGGUCCUGAAUAAUUUUGUAUUCCAUUUAUAUUUUUAUAUUAAAAUGUGGAGACCUCAAACUGACACAUUUACCCAUUUCGUACUUUUAGGGACACCAGUUUAACAAUACUGGCCAUCAUCACCUGCAUUGUCUGUGUUGUGAGGGUAAUUUUAAUGGAUAGGUUUUUAUUUAUACUUUAUAUUUUGUCAGUGUAAAUAUUUUUAGCAGUUGGUAUUGAAAAUGUGAUAAGGUGAAAGGUAGGAAGCAGCUCUAAAUUGUUAGUUGCAACUGGAAAGUCCUUUCUGAUGUAGUUUUACCUCACAUCCAGGUAGACGAGCCUAACAUUCUGCAGUCAUUUUUAGCACUUUUUAAUGGUGCUCUUUUCUAUAACAUCUGCUUGCCUGGACACAAUUUUCUCUUCCCACUAAUUUCUGGAUAUUAACAUUAUAUUUUCUUGGUAUACUUUAAGCAUACCUUAGGGAAUCUAAACCCAAGCUAAUUUAUUUGUUGUUGAAUUAAUUACUAGUGAUAACUUUAAUAAAAGAAAUGAUGAAUUAUUUAAUUAUAAUUUCAUCAAUUUUUUUUUUUAUAAUAUAGCUUCAUAAGCUCCACUCUCAUCGCCAUUCCUUGCCAAAUCAGUAUAUUGUAUUUUACAGUGGGAUUGUGGAAUGCUUUCUUUGGUAAGAAUGGUUGAUUCCAGGUUGAAAGUGAUUAAUUGAUAAAAUAACAAAAGAAUGGCCAAACCAAAUUUUGACAUGAUUUGUGAUCUUUUACUGAUCGUAUUUGUAACAUGCUACACAGUAUGUAUUCUCUAGCUGUAAAUCAGAGACUAUAAUAUGUCUGAUUAGCUGGUAUAAAUGUUCUGUCUAAUAGAACAUGUUAUAUCUGUGUUUUAGUGGCUUUAACUGGUUUUACCUGGCUGUUACUGCUGUAUACUUUCUAACACAGUUCAUCAAAGUUGCUUGUCAGGUGAGGUGUUUGCUAAAAUAUGAAUGAUGUACAUGUGUUAUUGCUAAUGUAUGUGCACAUGGAUUUACAAACUUAGACUACAAGCAGUCCCUCCUUUCCAGCAAAGUCCAAAAAAAAAGAAAAGACAAAAAAUGCGAACAGCUUGCAGGGUGGGACUCUGGGUGAAGCUUUUUGUGCACCUUAACCUGUGCUAUAUGUGCCUACAUAUAUUAAAUUUUUUUGUCACUAUAUACUUUUUUGACUUGUGAAAUGGACUUUGCUGAAAAGGAGGGACUACUUGUAGUUUAGGACUUGCAAAUUAUAAUCAUACAAUGCCUGUCAUAGUGCAGUUAUUAAACAUUUGAUAUUCUUUUUUUCCUCCACCAGCUUCUUGUAGUCACAAAUUUUCAUUGCCAUCUAGCAGCUAGGAUGAUGAGAGUUGAGGAUAGAUUUAAAAGGUAUUUUCUCAUCUACUUACAUUUUAGGAUUUUUCUAAGGGUAAGUGGUACAUGACAUAUCUCCUCAAAUUAACUCACUUGAGGUGACUUUGUUACAGCAAUAAAUUUGGAUCUCUCUGUUUACCCACCUCCUGAUCUUUAAUUUUCAAAGCACAAGUGAGGGCUUAGAGAGAAUGGGGGGUGGGAAGAGGAAGUGGGGAGUGAGAAUCCAAAAUCUUGUUUGUUACUCUUUUGUCACUUACUCAGUGUUCUCACCAGAAUUUUGCCUUGGCAAGUCCUAGGCCCCCCUCUGCAGAUAAAUAGGGGCCCUGUAAGAACAUUAGGAGAAAAAAGUCCUCAUGGUCCUUAACUGGUGUGGAAAAAAUUAUUCAUGAUUUCUCUGCCUUCCAUUUCAUUAAAGCAUGUUCAAAAGGGAACUCUUCCAAUGGUGAUCCUUCAGCUGAAAUCCCUAUUUGGAUGUCGAACUUUUCUUUUUGUAGCCUAUUUCUCUCACAGUUUUUAAGGUUGUUUCAAAGGAUGAAACCACACGGUAUGAAUAAACUGAGCUUGCAUUCAUUUCAUUCGAACAAGCAAAAUACUGCAGGGUGUUAGGUUGACCAGGUUGUUAAAACUACUUAACUAUAGAUGUUCUAAAGUCAGUUUGAUAAUGAGCUUGUCCCAUCAGCCUUAAUGGGCCCAUUCUCUUGGCUUUGAAUGCACCAUCUUGGUUUCCUUACAGGAAUCCCGCAAGGCUGUGGCCUGUUGAGAACACUGCUUACUGCCUUUACCCUUUACUUUCAAUUGGUAUCUUAGCCUUCAUUGCAAAAUAAAGGUUGCAAAGUCAAAAUGAAUCAAGGUUUUCUGUUUUAAAUUGCUCUCCUGCUUCCUGCCGUAAUUAAAAAUUCUACUCAUGGCCCUUUACUUUCCUUUGUGUCUUAUAAACUACACUGGUAGUUCUCCGUGGCUCUGCCCUCCUCUUCUCUUCCCAAAAGGAAGUGUUGAGUAGGUGUCAAGGGUUACAUCACAUGUAGGUAAAAUAGCUUACUUAAUGCAAUCAAAGAUAGAGUUUUAACUUCACAUGAAUUUUGCUAGAUAUGUUGUUGUGUGGACAGACUUAUCACUUUUUUUUAUUUCAGGUACUCUAACAAGCUGGUGGCAGCUGUAUUUAUUACCCUGGCUGUCUUUGCUAUUGUUGGACUGGCAACAAUGAAAAAUGAAUACAGAGAGUGUACAGGUAUAAUCAUUAGGAGAGUGUUGUUCCUGAGAUAUCCAUUCCCCUGCUGUAGAAGGCUUUGGUUUAUUCCCCUUACCCAGCAUUCUGGAUCUUCUAGCUUUGGCUCAUCAUUUUCUUUUGAGAAUUGUAACAUUUGAAAAAUUGAAACAUUUGGGGUUGGAACAAUUUCCAGUGGAAUUUCCAGUGGAAUUUCCAGUGACUCUUCAUAGGCUGCAUGGGUAUGGAUAUUUUUUUGGGAAAUUCCUGCUUAAUGGUGCUUUGACACAAUCAUCACAACAGUCAAACCUGUAUUAAGUGGUGACCCAUUGGGAAUGGCAGUGUGACAGCUAACUACCAGUUGAUUACUCAAUACAGGUUCCACAGAAGAGGGGUAACACAAAAAACAAUAAAAAAGUGCCAUUUUCUGCUGUAAUUGACCACUUAAUGUAUGAACUCUUGCUCAAUAAUACUGGCAACUUUGAUUUUGGGAGAGAAACAAGAAUUUAAUUGUACUUGAAAGAUUAUUCUUAGUUUUACUAGUAAGAGUGGUUGUGCUUUAAGGGACUGUUCAAUACAGAUAGAAGAUGUGAUACAAAAAGGCCUUUGGUACUCACUCAAAGGUGACCACAACUGCUUAAGAGGUGAUGGCUGAUAUUAGAGGUGAAAAUGACAGUGAUUAUGGGGAAACUGCCUAAUAUGAUGCUGCUUUAUAUGAAUUAAGUUCUGAUGUGCCAUUGAUGUUGUGAAACGUUAGUUAAAUGCUUCAAGUUCCAGGGGAUGUAGCUUUUUCUGCAUUGAUUUCAGUAAUGAUUUUAAUAUUUUAUUGCAGAACCUGAAUGGCUGCUCUUGUCAAGUGCAGAAAUUUUAGUUGUCCAAGUUUUCCUGAUGUCAGGAAUUUUCAUUACAAGGUAGUUCCAAAGAGAAUAGCAAAUACUAUUCACUUCCGAGCAGCUAAUGAGACUAAAUUGCACAUCAAGAGUUUAAUUCCCAACCAUUUUUUUGUUAUAUUAAAAGAAAGAAAUGAAUUUUUUGGUAUCUGUGAGGUAUACAUCAAUAAAAACAAUUAUUCACCUCCGUGUUGGUGAAAUUGGUGGUCAUUUACCAUGCCACUUCAUGGCACAGUAAAUUUACAUCACUAUUCACCUUCCCAUCGUGAAUAGUUGUUAAUGGGUAAAAGUACCCAUGACACCCCAUCAGUCAACUAAUUUUCCCUCCUGCCCUUCCUUUUCUUGGGGGGCCUAUAGCCCCCUUUUAAACCUUCUGAAGUUUUCCAUAUUCUCCUGUACUGGGAAUAUGGACAUUUUUUUGGAAUCAUGCAUUGGAAAGGUUGAGAUUGGAGAUUAAAGCUUUACUAUUUGAUUCACAGGGAGCUCAAUAAUGUUCGUAUGUUAGAGGAUGACAGGACUGCCCAAAAAAGAGAUUUAUGGGGGUGAGUGUUUGAAAAAAUUGAUUAAUAUUUAUUUAAUAAAUGUUGGUAAUGAAAGAGUCAGCUGAUGUCAGAUUUGAUGUAAAAUGGUAGAUAGUUUAUCAGAUAAACAAAUUAUGGAGAUAAAGGUAGAAAUGUAUCUCUAAGUUACACCAUGAACAAAGUUUUGCAUUAUUUUCUUGAUGAUUAUUUCCCUAGGGGAACCUAGUGCCACAAAUAUUAGAUGGUAAACAGAUGAGAAAACAAUGCUUAGUGAGAUGCAGGUGCAGGCCACCUACAGCAGACUUUAUUUUGUGAUGAAUUUUUAAUAAGGAAUUAGUCCCAUGACCUCAAGAUUACGAUGAGAUUAAUGUUGUUUCAUUUUCAUGUGUAACACUUUGAAUUAUUGAUUUGGUUUUCUAUUUUUUAUCCUGUUAAAGGAUAAUCUUCAUUUUUGAAUUAUCAGCAUUGGUCAGCCUUGUUCAUGACCUGGUCAUGAGAAUCAGUAAGUACUUGGAACAUUCUCUCUCCUUAUGGUACAGCUUGGAAAUACUGCCUACCUGGCUAUUAAUCAUUCAUUUAUUGUAACCACCAUAAGUUUUGGGACAGCAUGCACCUAGCUAGAUAUGCAACUUUAGAUGUAUACAGCUCCUGUGAGUGAGCAUACCUAAUUUUCAAAAUUCAUUUGGUGGAUGUACACUGUAUUUUUAAUUAAAACUCUUCCCAAAAGUAUUUUGUUCAAUUGCAGCUGGACCAAAGAAUAACUGUCAAGGAGUAUUGGUAAGAAGAUUCUGUUUAAUGCUAAAAAAGGAAAAAAAACUCAGUAUUUUGUCUUAUUUAAUCAAACUGAUAAGGAAAUGUUACAAGUAAACUUUGCACCAUGCUGUGCCUAGAAAAAAAAAACCAGGGACUAAAUUUGCUGGGAAAGUGGCCAGUUUGGAUACCUGUGUGGGUAGCUAUUGAGCUAAAUGUAACCUUUCUAUUACUUUUGAUAAUGAGCUGUUCAGGUGAGACAAACACGUUUAAUGUUCAAACUUGUUUCUUUCAGCUGUCAAGCAAAGCAGGCUACACAGCAGUGUACAUCACUGUUAAUGUAAGUUCAAAAAUUGCAUGUUUGUGAAGACAAACACUGGGACAUUUAGUUGCAGUUGUUUUGCUUAUUAGAGUUUUAGGCCAUUAGAGUUCAUUAGGUGGAACAACUUAAGGAGAAGUGGCACUAAACAUGUGGUUAAGAAGAUUGGUCUGCAUAAAUGUGAUGCUGUUUGGUGCAAAUGUCAACAAGCAAAGAGCAAACCAAGAUAGAUGCAUUGCUGCUGAAUUUAUAAUCAGAAUUUUGACAAGUGUCACUUGUAUGUCGUAAAUAGUUCAGUUUAGAAUGCACCAAAAUUUUGCAUGGACAAUACACUGUAACUGUAGAAAAGGAGCACCUCUCUGAAAUGGGGACUGAACAUCUUCCAGUUGUCUGCUAGAUGAGCCCCUUAGCAUGGCAUAUUUACUGAAAUUAAAAACGAAAAUAAUAUUUUAAUCAGCAAAGGAAAUUUGCUGGUGUUGCUGUUAUAUGCAACCCACCCCCACUUUUCCUUUUCUCACUUAGUUUGUAAUUACCCCCUCAAAAUAGCCAAGGAAAGACCAAUUACCUGGGCUUAUUUACUAUAAUUUAGAAGAAGAAGGCAUAUUCCCCCACAUUUCUUUGGUGGAAAUGGCAUGACUUGUAACAAUGUGUCAAAAGCAUUAUAAAUAUCUAAUGUAGAAUUUUAACAAUCAGAUGUGGUGGUUGUAGGGAAAACCUGUAUGGAAAUUUUACACAUGGGAAUAAAAUCUAUUAAAAUUUUCCAGAUUAUCAGGUGGCUCCUACCAAUAUGGGCAAUGGCAGCAAUAUUUGACACAGAAAAUAACCAGUGCAGCCAGGAUGACUAUAUUGCACCAGUUUUUGCAGUGAAUGAUGACUCUGGGGUCAGUUGAUAUCUGUAGUCUUAAGUUUUGUAUGCUAAUGCAGUAAGUGUAAAGUAUAAGUUGAAAUAAUAUUGGUUUAUUUCACUUUCACACUGUAGUUGAAACCUUGGGUGAGCAAACUUUCUCUGUUGAGUGCUUAUUAUUGACUUUACAGAUAAAAAUUAGCAUAAAGAGUUGGAUCAAAUUCAAAUGAUACAAUUCUGGGUAAAUGAUCAAGGGUUGAGAGAACGACUUCAGUUUUAGAAAAAUUUUUUAAAUCAAGUUUUAAAAAUUAAAUUAAUUAGGGUUUGUUUUAAUUUUAUGUAGUACACUCUAUAGCUUGAAUUUGUCACUAGGAAGCUAACAUACAAAAGAAGGUUAUUUGCAAAUGAUAUAGAAAUGUACCAUGAUUAUCGCUGCUGAACUGUCUUACUAGUUUUAAUAGGGUUCAUCGAGAAUAUUGAGAAUUAUAGUGUAAAACAGUAGGACAAGACUCUCCAUGCACAAAUUGGUAGUAGCUUAGGCUAUAGAAAUGUAGCUAGAGAACCCAGGUACUGGCUGAGCCAAUACCUAGAGAAUUCUCUUCAUCUCUAAUUCCUUACAUGUACAUGUAGAAACACCCAGAAUUUUAAGUUAAAACAUCCACCUUUACAUGUUUUGCUGAAGUUUCACUUUCAGCCCUUUUUUUCUUGCAGAACUUCACCUCUGAAUUCCGUCCUAGGGGAAGUAGUUUUCAUUACAAACAUUUACAUGAUGGUGUUGAUGAUGUUGCAAGCCAACCCUUAAUUCCAAGUCUUGGCCCUAGCUCCAAGUCUUUGUCAAGUAUGAGUUCAUCUUAUGGAUCAACAGCAUGGAAUCAGAAACCUUGGGGUCAAGGCUCAUCAGAUAGGUAUCCUCCCAUAUCGUAACAAUUUUGUGAGGGAGCACAGUGUUCUGUAGUGGUGCAGACUCCUGGAUUCCAACAUUUGCAGGCAGUUUUUAGAUCAGUCAAAAUUAGAUCCAGUUGUUAUGAUAAGAUAUAAUUGAUGAUGAUAUGACAACAACAUCAUAACACAUCAUGAUGUUGUGUAGUUGAGUAUUAACAAUGCAUAACAUUAUCAGAGAUGGGAUGCCAUUUACAUAUCAGCAAAUUUUAUUUGCUUAUGGAAACAAUUUUACCUUCUAAUUAUAUGUAAGGCGUACGCAUUUCAUCAGUGCUUUAUGUGUUGUUUUGCCCUGUAUGUUAAUAUGGAAAUUUCUGUUGUGUGAAGGUUAGGUGGGUUUUACAUGAACAUUGCAAAAAAAAUUUCAUGCAAAACAAGUUCAAGUGUUAAAAAUGAAUGAGGUUAAUUUUCAAGUUCUAUUGGAAAAAAAUAUUGUUUUUAUAAUUGUUUGUAGUUAUAUAAUUAUUAACACAUUUUUAAUACUUGCUACAUUUUCAUCUGUUUGUGAACCAUUAUUAUUAUAUGCUCUAAAUUUUUUGGUAUAUUUCACUAGAACUUGAAAAUAACCUCAGAAAGGUGGAAACAUUGUUCAUUUUUAUUGCUGUUUUUUUCUUUUUGUUACAAAAUCUAUAUAUGAGAAACUUCUUAUUAAAAAAAAUUUACUUGUUUUACGAGCCAAUUUGCACAAGAAUUAAGUGGAUGACUUGAGAUUAUUUUUCAAUAACAAUAGGCAUUCAUCUGCUGUUAUCAUAUAAGAGUGACUAAACAUGUUGAAAUUUUAAUAUGCAGGGUUUACUAAUUUUUGCUGUGAGUACCUUCUCUUAAAUAUAAAUUUUAUAAAUUGAAAUGUACUUUUAUAAGCAAAAUAAUGUAAUUUUAGUGGUUGCUGUGACUGCUUAUGUGCAUCAUAAUUUUAAAAUGUAUAUUUUAAAUAUAUAAGUCACCUGUUGCAUGAAUUAUCAGAGUUCAUGUUGAUAAGGGAAAAGUGAAAAAAACAAAACAAAACAAUAUUUAAUUAUUUGGUCAUGCAACAGGGGAAAUUUGUUUAUUCCUAUGAAAGACAUGAUUUAAUUUAUGUAAUCUUUACUUUGUAAGAGGUUGAUAUUUAAAGAAGUUGAUGCAACUGUCAGAUGUUAAAUAGAAGUGCCAGGUAGCUAACAUGCUUUGAUGUCUUAAGACUUCAAUAUCACUCAAGGCUGGGAUUAUUUCCCCACAUAAGUAGUAAAUAAUCUUGAUGUUAAUGGUAAAUAUUAUACUUGUGCCACUGAGCAUCAAAUCAAGUUCUGUUUAUUCAUCAUAAGAGGUCUCAGAACAUUGGAGAGCAGAUGUUUUUCUUUUUGAAUUGGAGGUUACAGUAGAUGAAAAGGAAUUAGAACUAGCUGCAGUAAUAAUCAUAACUUUUACAAUGCAGUGAACUUCUUGGGAAGAAGUGCUGUUGGCCAGUAUCUCACAGUUGUUGUUAAAGCACAGUGCUCCGGAUCUAAUUUAAUUGAUAGGCAAAGUUUUAUAGGCCUGGUCAAUAAAGCACUCAUGUUAGGCAUCAGCACAUUAUAGCUAUCCUGUUUCAAAAUAUUUAUUUCAUUAGUGCUAAACCUCUUGGCUCUUUUAUUUACAACACAUUUGGUUUAGAGGUAUACUUUGAGCCCCUCCCUCUUUCCAUAGGAAGUUAAAUAGAAUGAGCAUUGGUUAAGUUUUAAUAAAGGGCAGAUGGGUUGUAAAUA